AGACGCAGCUCCGGGGACCGAAGAGGCAGGACAUGACACAAGUGGCACAUCACAGCCAUGGGGUCUCAGCAUUCCGCCACUGCUCGCCCCCUCUCCUGCAAGCAAAAGCAAGAAGAUGACAGGGAGGAGUUUCUGGCUGAACGAGAGCAGGAAGAAGCUAUUGCUCAGUUCCCAUAUGUGGAGUUCACUGGGAGAGAUAGCAUCACCUGUCUCACCUGUCAAGGGACAGGCUGUAUUCCCACAGAGCAAGUAAAUGAGUUGGUGGCUUUGAUCCCACACAGUGAUCAGAGAUUGCGCCCUCAGAGAACUAAGCAGUAUGUCCUCCUGUCCAUCCUGCUCUGUCUCCUGGCAUCUGGUUUGGUGGUUUUCUUCCUGUUUCCACAUUCAGUCCUUGUGGAUGAUGGCGGGGUCAAAGUGGUGAAAGUCACAUUUAAUGAACAGGACGCCCUUAUAAUCCUCACCAUGACGGCCACUCUGAAGAUCAGGAACUCCAACUUCUACCCCGUGACAGUGACCAGCCUGUCCAGCCAGUUUCAGUACAUGAACACAGUGAUUGGCACAUAUGUGGCAACUAACGUCUCCCUCAUUCCACCUCGGAGUGAGCAACUGGUGAAUUUUACUGGGAAGGCCGAGAUGGGAAGACCAUUUUCCUAUGUGUACUUCUUCUGCACGUUACCUGACAUCCUGGUACACAACAUAGUGAUCUUCAUGCGUACAUCGGUGAAGAUUUCAUACAUUGGCCACAUGACCCAGAGCUCCUUGGAAACACAUCACUAUGUGGAUUGUGGAGGAAAUUCCACAGCUGUUUAGCACCUGCUUGUGGUUCUUCCACGGCAGCACCUGUAGAAGAGAGCACAGCAUCUGUUCCUGAGUUCUGAGUUCUGUACCAUCCCCAGGUGGUAUGAACAGAGGAGGAAUUGGUUCUCUUAACUCCCAGCAAACAUCCUCCUGCCACUUAGGAAAAAACCUCUCUGCAGUACCAUUUACGUUUCUCACAACCAGCAGAGUCACUGCCCAGGGCCUAGCCUGUGCCCAGCAAAUAGGAGGCAUUCAAUAAAGGUUUGCAGAGUUUAA